UUCGUCUAAAGCAAAAUCGUAUCGCAUUAUUCGCGAUAAAAAUCGAAAUGGACGCAAAUUGUUCGCCUUUUCUUCCCUCAAAGUUUACAUUGAACGAGUGGCAUUCUAACAAUCAGUUCAGGUAUCGAUGUGCUGAAGCACAACAGGAAUUAUCGGACCGUAUCUUAGUUGAAGCAACACGCGCGUGCGAAUUUGCCGCGGAAAUUGUGAAAGCUAAUAAGGAGGAGACGGAUCAUCGUCUGCAAGAAAAGCUUAACGACAUCGAAUUUCGUAAGAAGGAAUUGCUGCGGAUUAGAAAGAACAUUGCCUUGGAAAUCGACGCGCUGUUGAUAUAUAAAGAACGACUUACAGACACAUUAAAGUCCAUAAAAAGAAACGCUCUCAUUGCCGAAAACUGUUUCAUUGCCAGGGAUCGUAGAUUGGGAAUCGAUUUAGUUCAUGACGACGUGGAAAAGAACUUGUUGAAAGAGCGCGAGGUCAUCCAAAAAGCGGAGAGCUUGUUGGAUCAAAUGUUGAAAGAAAAUGGCGAACAAAUUCGCAAAACGAAGGCCACAUUGUAUUAUAUCGAUCAUGAUCUCGAGAAUAAGGAGAGCAAUUUGCACAUCGAUCGUCAUAAUAUAAAUUUGAAGGAGACUGAUUUUAAUUUGAGUAUCUAUCACGGUACUUUGCCUCUCGAUAAAUCAGCGGUGACGUUAAAUGAAUGGGAAUUUCAAACGAACAGUAAUGUUAUUAGCGCAAUUAAAGAAGUGAAUAAUACAAAACGAUUUCGUUGUUAUAUCGAUGCGAUGAUUAAGCAAACGGUUGAUGAUCUAACAAAACAAAAAGAUGUCACAAAUGAGGCUUUCAGGCAACGUAUCGAGCAAACCCGAGAAGCUAAAACAAAAUUGGAACUUCAACACUCGGAGGUAGUCAAACAAAUUAAUGCCAUGUCAACUAAUAUAGCGCGCAUUAAAAAAUCCAUAGCCGAUAAGGAGGGUUAUAUGGCUCUGGCUCAUACGAGAUUAGGACACCGAUGUCAACGUCCAAGAAUGGAACUUGCUCAAGACUUGGUUGAGGCUAAUCUUGUCAAGGAAAUACACGAAUUACGAAACGUCGUAGCAAAUUUACAACAAAUGCUUUGCGAGGCAGAAGCAUCAUUACGUUAUAUGCUUAAGACGCAAGUUCAACUCGAGGAGGAUAUUAAUGUGAAAACGAAUACUUUGAAAAUUGACGAAGUCGAGUGCAUGACUUUACGUCAAAGUAUGGACUAUCACGCGUAUUAA